UUGUGGUCGGAAACAGUCACUCGGUUGUCAGCAUCACUUGGUACUGCUCAGCAUCCCGGAAGUGGAGCAUCCUCAUCUCAUUGCGGAGCAUUCGCAUCACCGUCAGAGCUCAGAGCCUCUCAGGAGUGGAAAACAUCGAUUCAAACAGAAAGAAAUGAAACAUUAUUCACUAUCGGCGAUGACUUGAGGAGGCAGGUGAAGUGACCACCAGGGUGCCAUGUCAUCCUUCCAGGUGGUGGAUUCAUCGCCCGGCAGCAGCGUCAGCAUCAUGGAGACAUCCAACUUUGCCCAUGUCAUUUUCCAGGAUGUGGGGAAGAGCUUCCUGCCCCAGGCUCCUCUAGAGUGCCGUUACACCAUGACCCCUUACAUCACCCCCCACCCCAAAGACUGGGUGGGCAUUUUUAAGGUGGGCUGGAGCACAGCCAGGGAUUACUACACCUUCCUCUGGUCUCCUAUGCCAGAAAGCUAUGAACCUGGAACUACUGUUCACAGAACAGUGGUGUUUCAAGGUUACUACGUUCCCAAGUCUGACGGGGAGUUUUACCAGUUCUGUUACGUUACUCACACGGGUGACAUCAGAGGAGCUAGCACGCCGUUCCAGUUCAGGUCGGCCACGCCCACAGAGGAGCUGCUGACUGUGGCUGAAGACGACAGCAGCUCAGACAUACUGGUCGUCACCACCAAGACCGGUUUACUGGAGCGUGUGGAGGAGGCACAGCAGGAGCGGAGGGAGCUGCUGAAGGCCAUGCGCCUCCUGCAGGAGGAGAAGCAGCAGCUGCAAGAAGAGCAGAAGCAACUGGUCAGGGAGCGGGAGCAGGAGAGGGAGACGUGUUGUCUCCUGAGGACACACAACCAGGAGCUGCUGCGAUCCUCGCAGGGACUGUCUGAGGAGAGGGAAGACAUACGAAGGAAGCUGACCGAGGCCAAAGACCGGAUCCGGCAGCUGGAGGAGGACCUGCUGGGGGUCACCCAGAGAGGUCUGCAGAAGGAGACGGAGCUGGACUGUCUUCGUGACCGCCUGAAGAAGCUGACCGCAGAGCGAGACGGUCUGGAGAGCCAGCUGAAGAACGAGAAGGAUGAGCGAGACCUGUACAAGGCUCACCUGCGCAGCACCGAGCUGGAGAACACCAAGCUGAGCGCGGAGCUGCAGAUGCUGAAGGCGGUGGAGCUGAACAGGGAGGUGACCAUCGCUCAGUUCCAGGAGGAGCUGGACAGGCUGAGAGUCUGCAAGGCCCAGAGGGACGGCCUGGAGAAGGAGCUGAUGGUGCACAGAGCAGACAAGGCGGAACUGGGUCGGGUUCACGAGCAGCUCCGUCAGACUGAGGAGCAGCUCCAGGCGUCCCGGCAGCAGGCCUGCCUACUGGCCUCAGAGCUGCGUGACUCCACCAGCACCCGCGACCACACCAUGUCAGAGCUGUACCACGCCCGCGUGGAGGCCGACGAGCUCCGCGUCAGCCUGGCUGAUGCUCAGGCUGAGUGCCGGCGCAUGGAGAGCCAGCUGGACCGCAUGAGGAGCACCUCUCACAAGGAGGUGGGAGUUGCAACAGGCGGGGAGGUGGCACCCAGCGUGGUGGUGGUGUCAGAGGCCGAGGCCGAGCUGCAGAGGGAGGUGGAGGAGCUGAAGCUGCGCCUCCACAUGGCUGCUGAGCAUUAUAAGGAGAAAUACCGGGAGUGUCAGCGGCUCCGUAGGCAGGUGGCCAAGCUCAACACUGCUGAUUCACAGGCAGACUCAAAGAGGAACGUUUCCACAGAGACGACGCAGGAGCCUCCCGCGUCUGUUCCAGAGUCUCCUAGAAAAGUUCUCCCAGAAGCUGCCGUCGCCUCUGUGCUGCCCACGUCCGCCGAUGCUUACGCCAGCACGGAGAUGCAGGAAAGGCAGGAGGACAGCUCAAAGGCUGGGAGUGAAACCAAACCCAAGAAAAAGGAGGAGAAGGAGAACCUCCCUGAGGAAAGCCUGAGGAUGGCGAGCUGGGUGGAGGUGGGCACGGAGAGGCUGAGCGCCGGGGAGAACUCUGAGGCAGAAACCAGGCAGACAGCAGAGCGGGUGAGUGACGGAGUGGAGGAGGAGGAGAGGCAGAUGACUCUGGAGGGGGAGGGGAGGAGCACCAAGGAGGCAGAAACGGAGCAGACGCGCUCGGUGGAGGCAGAGCUGGCCACGAUGGAGGAGAAAUGGAGGGAGCAGUGCGCCUUCAACGAGACGCUUAAACAGCAGCUGGCUGGCGAGGAGGAGCGACUCAGAGUGCAGAUGGCGGAGCGAACCAGUGAGGUGACUGAACUGAAACGUCACCUGGCCCAGGCUCUGAAGGACAAGCAGCAGCUGCAGGAGGAGCUGCAGCGUUUCCUGUUCCGGCAGAGGGAGAUGGAGGCACACGGUGCCGAGGUCAGACAGCCCAUGUUGCUGCGCUACCCCCUGCCCUACCCCCAGAAUCCCUCCCCACCUCCUCUCGUGCCCCAGAGGCCGGCCGAGCUGCAGUAUGGGAACCCUUACUCCACCGAGGCGCCCAGAGAUCGUGUCGAUGUCACGCUGUCUCCAGAUCAGAUUUCCCACCCUUCAUCCGAGGCUUCGCCUUGCACCCUUCCCUGUGCACCCCCGCUGUCACCACCCAGCCCCGGUCCAGGAGCACCGGGCUGGGCCCGGGAGGUGGUCUGCAUCCAGCCGGCCCGCAGCUCAUCUCCCCCCGAGAACAUCGAGCAUCCACCAGAGGCCCAGAAAGUGAGUGAUGGAGCCCGACCGUCGUGUGAUCAUCAGUCCAGCGGGUGCGGCGACGCCCGGAGAAGUUUCUGUUUUGACUCCAGCAGCGACAUUCACAAGCGCUGCCCGCUGUGCGAGGUCAUCUUCCCUCCCCACUUUGAGCAGCGCAGCUUCGAGCAGCACGUGGAGAGCCACUGGAAGGUGUGCCCCGUCUGCUCCGAGCAGUUCCCUCUCAACUGUCAGCAGCAGCUCUUCGAGAGGCACGUCCUCACGCACUUCGACGGCCACGUGCUGAACUUUGAGCAGAUGGAGUAAGGACAGGGCCUGAGUUGUGACGUCGGUUUAGUUUCCGUGGUACGAACAGUCACUGGCACCUUUUUUAUCUGAAGGAGACGGGAGGUAGUGCUGGCAGGAGGAGGAAAGAGACGCGGAGUGGAGCUAUUUGAAGGAGUGACCAUUGUUUUGAUCUUUAAGCACCUUUUCCAGUGCAUGUGGGUGAAACGAUGUUUUCUUGUAGCUGCAGCUUUAAACACGGAUGUAAGUGAAGCAGCUGUAGCCGGUCGGGUCGGCUCCAUGUUCCCAUGCAUCUGCUGCACCGAACAAGGCUUUACCCUGAAUGUACGCUACAGACGUGCUGCAGACACCUGUGAGUCGCUGUUGUAGACCUGUCUCCCAUCGUUACCGCCCUCGUGUUUGAAUCAAGACGGGUCACUUCCUGUUGUGCACUUUUUUGUCUGUCUGGGCAGAACGGCCGUGCAUCAGAUACGGACACCAACUCUGACACACCUGUAUUUUUUUAUUAGAAAAGUAGAACUGUGAACUCGUAGCUUGGUCUGUGGGCCCCUCUGGACCGUCUCGACUGCUUCGUCUUUAUUUAAGCGUUAAGACCCCCCCCCCACCCAUGUGAGAAUGUCAGACGUGUAAACGUCUCGCAGAGAUCUUUAUGAAUAAAUCCAGCUCGUUAAAAUCAA